AGCAGCAACAGCAGUAGCAGUAGCAGUAGCAGCAGAGGAUUAAGGUAUCUUGUCACCCGUGAGGCGGAAGGAAAUGGACCUGCAGAAAUCAUGUCGGUUAUCGCCAAGCAUCAAAAGACUUUGGAAGUGCUGUGGAUCGGUAAACGAAUUGGCUACGGCUUUAUACCACCAAUUACUUCCGGCGAAGAAUGGGAUUUCCUUGGGUCCAUCCAUGCAACACGGCUAACGACGCUCGCGCUCAACGGUAUCCAAUGUUACGGCCAAACGCUCGCAACGCUAAUAAACCAAUGCCCUGCACUAGAAAAUGUUUUGCUAUGGGGAACGCCAGAGAUAUCGCAAAAUGUCUUGGAUGCUCUUAGUGCGCUACAGCGACUGACACAACUUGAUUUAUACAUCUCAAAUCGCUACGCUUUGAAUAAUGAUUCUACAGAUAUGGCAGCCUUUUGUCGUACUGCCCCCAAAACGACCCGACGACUCUGUUUCCGUGGAGCCGGAAGCAUAGGAUUCGUUACCAACGAGGUACUACACAGCAUAGCCAAACAUAUGGGCUCGUUCUUGCGUGACCUUGUACUGGACACCUCUCUCAGUAACAGCGUCAAAGACAUGGCAUGGUUUUUCCAGCAGCUGAAGCAACUCGAGUGCUUAGAGCUUGAUGGUGUCAUGUGUCUGUCGCAGCCUGCUUUUGAAUCUCUUGGUCGACUACAGAAACUGAUGGCCGUUCGAUUGUAUCUGUGUCAGUCGGUCACAAACGAGGCGCUCGAUGUGUUAAUCACCCAGUCGCAUAGUUUACGUCGUCUUGGUGUGGUUUAUUGCAACUUGGCCGACCCAGAGCGCUUUCUCAGGGACGCGCAAAUGGUUAUAAAACAUGCCUAUGUUAAGGGAUAAAAAUAUAAUAAAGCAACACGAAAAUAAAC